AACUUGAAUAUAAAUUGUUAGUGGCCGUAUUUGCUACCUUAGUCAGUAAAUACAAAGAUUUUUGAUGAUACAUUCUUCUGAGUAAUAUUUAUUUUAAAUAUAUUGAAAUGAAAAUCGAUCCGUAUUAGUGAAUUCGGAACAUUCAUGUUGGCAAACUUGUUUGUUUACUUCUUACGUGUGAACGUUUCGAAUAUUUGAUCCAGUUUGCAACGGUGCAUGUGUUAAUUCAUUUGUAGUAUUUUUUAACAGUAAAUAGCUUGUGCAUAAUAGUAAAUCAUUUUUCGCUUUAUAUAAUUCAAGUUUAUUUCCAGCAAAUAUGGGUAGUGAUGUUAGUAAAGAAAUAAAUGAUAUUGUGGAUGUGCUCGAAGUAAACAACAAAUCAUGCUUGACGCCAAGUAACAUUACUCGAUGUGCACAAAUUGACCCACGUUCUCCAUCAGAAGGAAUAAUGAGAACUCCAAUUGAGGUUAGGAAACAUAUUGAGCAAUCUGAAGAAAUGUGUUUGAGAAGGCGAUGGAAAUCAGAACCCGAGUUAACGCCUUUGAAAAUGGAUCAUACUGACAAUGUUGUGCUGUGUGAUCCGCGUUCUCCUACCUUAGGAAUAACUAGGACCCCUAUUCAGGUCCCUAUUGGUGAAAAAGUAUCUUAUGACAAAACUCUGCAUGGAAAUAUGUUACAAAAUGUAAAUGCAAUUGUUCAUGUACCCGACUGUCGAUCACCGAGUUUAGGUAUUUGCAGAACCCCCAUUGAAGUUGAAGCACUUGAUGAAAAUGAGACUAUCAAGGAUUUUCCUGUACUACAACCAGCUGUCGACUUGAAGUUAGAUAAUAAACUGCACACAAAUCCCAGUGAACCAUGGCUUACACCAAUUUCAAAGAAAGUUUUGAGUCCAUCAUUUGUUUACGUUGAUGAAGAAAUUGUUAAUACCAAAAGAAAAAAAGAUGUAAAACUAUAUGAUCAAAAUUCUUAUCAUGAAAAAGAGAAUGAAGCAAAUUUAAAAAGAAAAUUGAAAUUUACUCCAGAACCAGUCAAGACUGGAGUAAAGGUGAGAACUCCCCUUGGUUCCCGAUGUAAUUUUCAAGAUUCUCCUUCCCAGUUUCUCAAAAAAAUUCAAGUGCAGAAGGUUGAUGAAGAAAUGGGAUAUGUUGGUGAAAAUGCAUCCAGUAAUUAUGAUAAUUCAAAAUCCAUAAAGAAAGCACAACCAAUGGUUGAAUGGGAUAAUAAGGAUUCAACUCUUAUUAUAUCAUGAACAUCAAUUCAACAUGUCUAUAUCCAGGGAUUCGUGAAGAAGGAUAAAUACUGAGCAUGAAUGUGAUUGACACCAUCGUAGAAGGUUGACAUGAGUGGCUUCCCUGGAAGAGGUCGUUCCCGUCACUGGAACCAUCAUGGUGGGAACUCCAAUCCACCAUGGUCAUAUACAAUAUUUCCACCAAAUCAAAAUGCACAUCCACAUCCUCCCAAUUCAUGGCAUGCGCCUCGAUGGGACAAACGGCCGCAGUGGAGAUUUCAAAAUCCAAGCAACAAUUACAGACCUCAAGGAUAUGGACGAAACCAGUUUGAUUGGAAGCAAGAUUUCAACCAUCCCCCUCCAUCGAGUUCAUUUAAUUCAUUGUUAAAUCAAAAUCAUAGCUCUAACUCUAGCCAUGAUCAUAGUGAUUCGAAAAGUGGAACAAAGCAUAGUGACAGCAGGACUCGGAGGGAUUUUGCUUUAGACAUUUUUUCUGAUGAAGAUCUAAGUGAUGUACAUUGUGAUGAAGACAGUGGUAAAGGAAAACAUAAGUCACAUUUUAGUCAUAACCUUUGUGAUUCUAAACAUAAAGAAAGUGAUUCUAGAAAUAGGGACAGUGAUUUUAAAUAUCAAGGAUUUAGACUCAAGGAAAGUGAAGGAUUUUGUAAGCGAAUUGCUGAAAGUGGGCCAAAACUGCAAUAUAAUAAGCAUGGCAGUCAUAGUGGAAGAGGUGAAAGCCAUGUUACAUCUACAGGGAAGUGUGAUAGUCAGUACUCAACAUCUAGCAAACGUCUAUCUUUACUUCCUGCUCCUGUUAAUCCAGUUAAAAAGAUUGACUCCCUAUCCUCUUCAAAUCCACAGACAAAAACUGAAUUACGAAAUAGUAACAGUCAUGGGAAGGGAAAAACAAAGACAAAGAUAACAGCCCAAACAAAACUUUCUGUGAAAAUCGUGCAGAAAGGAAAGCAACAAAAAGGUAAAGGUGUAUCACCUAAGACUUCACAGAAAAAUGUGCCAAAGGCGCCUCCUUCUCCAAAUUUGGAAGAGGUGCGCCAGGUUGAAAUCACAAAAGCUGCUGAGAAACUUAAACGUUAUUUGCAAGAAAAACAUGAAGGUCAAGAAAAAGUGUUAGAAAAUCUUUUGAAUAAAACAGAAGGACAAAAAUCGGAAUUGAAAGCCCCGGGACCUCCAGUAGAUAAGAGUAGGUUUGAUCCAGAAUUGCAUUUAACACCAACAGACUUACAAGAUAUAGGAAAGAUUAAAACAGAUGUGCGAAGCAGUUCUCUGUGUCAGACCCAUUUGUCUAGUCAGGAGGAUAUAUCCACUCCUCUUUCUGGUACUGCAGAAAACCCUCGCCAAAGUGAAAGUAAUAACUUUGCAGCUAGUACACCUAAGCGUGUUACACCAGUUUCAUCAUCAAAGUUUGUUGAUAGCUCAUCGGAUAUCAUUGUUCUUCAUUCACCAGAGCAGACUGUUCAAAAUUCUGAACCCUCUAUUCUAACUGAACUUCAUGAAUUAUCUGUGAUUACACCCAGUGCAGGUUCUAUAAAUACAACAUCUGUUUAUGUUUCUGACAGUUCGACCAAACAAGUGGAAAGUAAGGCAUCAAAGAGUUCUGUUAAAGAGACAAAAUCUGAUAGGACAAUUCAUCUGUCUAAAAAUGGUUCUAAUGCUUCUAAUAGUGUUUCUUCUCAUCAGGAGACUAAAAGUCCUGUUCGACAGAUAGUAAAGAGCACUGUACAGACUGAAUCGAAGAGUGCUUCUAAUCAAGAUUCAAAAAGUCCUGCCCAUCGUCGAGAAUCAAAAAGUCCUGCUCAUCGCCAUGAAUCAAAGAGUCCUGCUCAUCGACGGGAAUCUGCAAGUCCUGCCCCCCUUCAAGAAUCAAAGACCCCAUCUCAUCGUAGUGAAUCGAAAAGUCCAGCUCAUAGAAGUGAAUCGAAGAGCCCAGCUCAUAGAAGUGAAUCGAAGAGCCCUGCUCAUCGUAGAGAAUCAAAAAGUCCAGCUCCCAUUCCUAACUCGAAGAGCCCUGCUCACCGGCGUGCGUCAAAGAGCCCUGCUCAAAGCUCCACAUGUAAAAGCCCUGCCAUUGGUGAAUUGAAGAACACUUCAGACCAAGAAUCAAAAAGUCCCUCUCGUCAUGGAUCUAAAAGCCCUGCUUGUCGUGUUGUAAAGAGUUCGCAAUCUGCGAAUGUGAGUCCUCUUCGACAUCAGUCCAAAAGCCCUGUUCGACAAGACUCUAAGAAUUCUGCGCAGUGCUCGUCCAAAAGCCUGUCUCAAUCCGCAUUGAAAAACCCAUCUGUGAGUUCAUCCAAAAGUUCUAAUAACAGUGUACCUAAAAGUGUUGCAGUUAAUGCACCUAAAAGUAGUGUUCCAAAUACAUCCAAAACAUCUAGUUCAAAUCGAACAAAGACACCAGUUUCUAAUGUGUUGAAAAGUUCUAGUAGUAAUACAUCGAAGAAUGAUUCAACUGUUUCUAAGGUAUCGAGUGUAUUGGAUAGUUCUGGUUCAAGUGUGUCUAAGAAUGAUGGGAAGACUGCAGAUUCUAAGAUUUCCAGUAAGAGUGGUGCAUCUGGGGUACAUAAAAGUUCAACUCAAAGUGCUUCCAAAAAUUCUGGUGUAAGUGUAUCAAAGAGUUCCUCAAGUUCAGCAAAAAAUUCUUCAGGUGCAUCUAAAACUUCAACUUCAGACAUAACCAAGAGUUCUCAAGGUGCUUCAAAAAGUGCAACUCAGAGUACACCAAAAAGUUUGCAAAAUGCAUCAAAGGAUCCUGCUAACACAACUAAACAUUCUGCAAGUUUAACUAAGUGUUCAUCAAAGACUACACAAAAUGAUUUGAGGAGUUCCUCGGAUAUUGUAUCAAAGAAUGCUGAUCAUCAUAUAUCUAAUGUUCCAUCUGUAAAUGUUAGUAAAAGCUCAUCUGCAAGUUCAUCUAAAGAUGUGGUUAGUGAAUCAUCAAAAAAUUCCCCUCAGUGUGUUUCCAAGACAUCUAAUGUUAAAAUAGUUGAUGGCUCGUUAUCUAAUACAGUUGAAGACUCCACGGCAUGUUCCUCGCGUACUACUUCCAUAAAUUUUAGUAGUCCUCAUACUGCAUCUGACAGUGCUCCAACCGAUAUACUAGUGAAGGAUGAUAAAAACAUUACAGAUCUGGUAUGUAGUAAGAAUGAAGGUAAUGAUCAGAAAAGUGAAGAAAGAUUAAACAGAAAUGAUCAGUCGUCUGGUAGCAAUACAAAUAGCAUUAAAGUAAGCAUUGAGAAAGAUCGUUUAGGAAAAGGAAGUAACUUUACAACUUCAGCAAAAGAACAAGGCAAUGAAAAGUAUGUGGCUGACAAAGAUGAAUGUGGUGGACUUGAAAUAAUCAAUUCAAAAAAUGAUAUUGAAGAAAAUAUAAGAAUAUCUCAACAAACAAUUAUGCAAUCUGUAUGCAUUGCUCAGAGUUCUACGACAGAAUUACAGACGAGUUUGACUGCAGAUGCCUCCCUUACAUGUGACUCUGUUCGUUCUCCUUUGCCAUUCCUGACUUCCCACUCAGAGUGUGCACCAUGCUUAUCAAUUGACAAAGUCAGUGACGGAUUGACUUCAAGGCCCUUGUUUGUUCCCAACCUAGUCCCUUCACGUUCACGGCAUUUAUCUGAGACAGUAACUCCAAAUAACAGCAAUAAACAUGGAUUAGAUGUCGGUGAUAAGUCAGUGGAGAGUCCAUCAAAACGUGCAAAAAGAUCACGAUCUGCAUCCGUUAAUGCUGAUGGUCAAGAAAGUGGGAGCCGGAGGAAAAGCUUCAGUGGUAGUGGUGCUCCCAACAAUACUCCUGGAAAAUCAUUUGGCGAAAUUAUUAAUCAUCAGCUGAAAAACAUCAACUUAAAAGACAUGGUGAAUAAACCCCACUUUAAUCGGAAAGCAGAACUUGUAAUGCAGCAUCUCAUGAAAGAACAUAAUCAAUCAAUCAAUCGCCAGCUUCGCAUGCUUGCUGAAGCACGUAUGCUGAACAAACAAGCACCAUCAGCAGUUGAUGAUUCAUGUGCUUCUCUGAAUCUACAGGACCCUCUGGAAAUUGAUCCUGACUUAGCUGUAGAUCUUGCUGCUCUGCCUGCCGAGUUUAUUGAAAAUUUACAGAAUCUUCUUGAUUUAGAUGUUGGGGGGCAAGAUUGCAAUGCAGGCACAUCUGCUGGUGAUAUUAGUGGUACAUCUGUUAUCGAUUCAGCCUUGCAGAAUGGUGAUGUGAGUGAUAUGUUUAGUUCUUCCAUCUUAGGCGAAAUUGUAGAACCUGAAUCUUUACUCAUUAUGGAUCAAGUACAGAAAUGCAUGGAUCAAAGUGGCCAAUCUGAUUUGGAUGAUCUGUCAGCUAGUAAAAUAAAUGAAAUGAACUUGCAAGGAAACUUGGAAUAUGUUGAAAGAAAAAUUGAAUCUCUGAAACAAGAAAUAAAAAGUUUUGAAGAAUCGGAUGCAGGAAUUCGAAAUGGAGAUAAAUUGAGUACCCAAAUAGAUGUGAAAGAAGAAAUGUUCAUGUCGGAUAUUCCUGAACACAUGGAAUUCAUUGGUGAUACAGAAAAUGAGGGAGAAACUCAAGAUACAAAGGAUUUAAUAAAAGAGUUAACUGAGGGUGAGAAAGAUGGCUCAAUGUUUCUUUCAACAAAUGCUUGCGAGUCUCUGGCAAGAGGGAAUUGUCUAGAAAGUGCUACUGACACAUUAGCUGCUGCUGCUACAAACAUUUCUGAGUCUGCAACGAAUAACGCAAAUGAUGGAAUGCCAUGUGAUGUUAAUGCUGCUGAAGAGUUAAUGGAAAAUAAUUAUCUUGGAACUCGUCCUGAUAUUCCUGAUGAUGCUGCGGCAGAUAUCUGUGAUGAUAUGCUUGCUUCAAGUAUUGCGGAUAGCAGCAAUUUCCCUGAUCAAACUGCAGCAUGUAAUAUAGAUGAAGAUUUUGCAGUUUAUGACAUUAAUGGUGACAUAGUGACAGAAGAAGAAGUUGCAGGGUAUGUGGUUGAAAAUGGUGUUUUGGACGGACAAACUCCAGACAUGUACGAUGUGGAUAGCCUCACACCAGGGGAUCAAGGGACUCCCUACAACGCAGAUGACAGCAUGCCUUCCUUGGAAGCCUCAGGAGUGUAUGUGGGGGAGGGACAAUUAGAAGGGUACAGUGUUGACAGUAGUGUUGUAGCCCCUACCUUGGAUAAAGCAAUAUGUGAUGGAGAUGAAAUGGAUGUUCAAGAAUCAACAACAGUGUUUGAAGUGAAAAGUGAUGUAUUCAAUCCCACAGUGCCAAGUGCUGGUACAAAUGCAAAAGGGAAAGAGAAUAUCGUACCCUUUCCUGAUGAAAGUGUUCCAGUUCAUGAAUCAGUGUCUGCAUAUAACGUGGAUUUACAAAAGCAACCCAUGUCUUUCAGUGGUAGUGUUAGUUCAUUUACACAGUCCCCCACAUUUGAAAUAAACAAACAGCUUGCUUCGAAACAAAAUGACAGUUUUAGUGCAUUGGUGACAAAUGAACAAAAUAAAUUACCUUUGGUGGCUGAAUCGGCUGUAGUAGAAGAACAUGCAAAUGCAGAUGCUAACAGUGCAGUAAGGGUGAAGACAGAAAGUAAAAGGGAAGAAACAGAAGGAAGUUACCAGUGGCGCAACGAACCAGUGGGCGUGCAAAUCGAUUCCGGUGAAGGUUGCAGUGAUUCAAGGCGUGAGGAAAUUACGCCUACCCUGUCGAGCCCACAGGCGGCUGGCGUGGACUCCGCUCGGAAUGCAGAAACGUCUUGCGUUCAAACGAACGGAGAAUUGCUCUACGACAUCGGAAGCAGCUCACGGAGCUCUCUUGUGGGACUCGAGAGGGCCCCUCCGGACCCACCACAGGCACCGGAGAAGGAACUGGAUCUAGAAAAGACCCAAGAAAGUAGUUUCUCACAGCAAGACAGCGGAUUCGUGCAGCCCAGCCCGCAGGACAGUAGUUAUCAACAAGAAAGUCCUAAGCAUGCGUUUGUCACUCAAAGCUCGCAAGACAGCAGGUUCGUCGGGCAAGCCCUUCAAGAUCGAUUCGUGGGACAGAGCCCUCAAGAGACGAGAUGUGUCGGACAGAGCCCUCAAGAUACAAGAUUCGUGGGAAAGAGCCCUCAGGAUAAUAGAUUCGUCGCACAGAACUCGCAAGACAAUAGAAUCGUCGGACAGGCGAUUCAAGAUUCGAAUGUCGUCGGGCACAGUCCCCGAGAUAGAUACCAGGGGACACUACCAGAGGGUCACGGCCUAGACAGCCCCCGGCAAACUAUGCAGCUGACUCCCCACAACGCGAUACAAACGCUCAUCAGCCCCUCAUCCACCCCCGUCCCUUCGCCCGCCCCUGC